GGAAAUUAUUUCAAUCAGAUGCCUGAAAAGUGAAAGGCAGUAUCGAAAUUUACACAAGGAAAACUAGAAAGAAACCCCACCAAUCAUUCUUCAACCUAUUUGAACGUGCCAGUGGCGAAUGACAAUCUGAAGAACUAUUGAAAUACUUUCCGAGGGAAGUUGAAAUCCAGAGUAAGGUUUCAACUUUUCCCGCCAUUAACAGAUGCUUAGCUUUACACAGUUUAACCAUCUUCUUCUUCUUCCUCCAACAACCCAAUUCAAAUGCCAACCUCCUUUUCCCAAACUUCAGCCCCAACCCCACUUCUCCCUUCAACUAUUUCCUCAAACAUCAUCGAUUUCUCAGUUUCUCGCCAAUCGGGCAUCUGGGUAUCGAGAAUUAUGUUUGUGCUCUUCGAAUUCCCCCGGAUUUUCUCUCUCUGAUGAGGAUUUCGAUGAUGAAUUGGACCGAUUGUUGGUGCUUUUACCUGAAGAAAUGCGGCGUAGAAUAAGGGAGCAUGAGGAGUCUCACCAACUUAUUGAAGUGGUCUUGGAUUUGGGUCGGAAACCACUGGCUCGAUUUCCUACUGGGGAUUUCGUGCUCUCGGAUUCACAAGUAACUGUUGAUGAUCUACGGCAUGCUACUUCCAAAGUUGGUGACUUUGGCAUUGACAACAGAGCCGGCAUUAGUAGAACAUUGCAUCGGAUUAGUGCCAUCAGGAAUCGGAAGGGUGUAAUUAUUGGUCUAACUUGUCGCGUGGGCCGAGCUAUAUCAGGAAGUGCUAUCUUGCUGAGGGAUUUGAUUCAAGAUGGGUCCUCUUUGUUGCUCAUUGGGCCUCCAGGGGUGGGAAAAACCACAAUUAUCAGGGAGAUAGCUAGGAUACUUGCUAAUGAUUUCAAGAAGCGUGUAAUGAUCGUGGACACCUCGAAUGAGAUUGGUGGCGAUGGUGAUAUACCUCAUGCAGGAAUUGGUAAUGCUCGUCGAAUGCAAGUUCCAGACUCUGAUAUGCAACAUAAGGUUUUAAUUGAAGCAGUUGAAAACCACAUGCCUCAAGUAAUUAUUAUAGAUGAAAUAAGCACAAAACUUGAAGCCAUGGCUGCGAGCACCAUAGCCCAACGUGGAAUUCAGUUAGUCGCAACUGCUCAUGGAGUUACAAUUGAAAAUCUGAUCAUGAAUCCUUUACUGGAGAUGCUUGUUGGAGGAAUACAGAGUGUAACUCUUGGGGAUGAGGAGGCAAGCCGGAGACGUGUUCAAAAGACUGUGCUGGAAAGAAAAGGACCUUCAACAUUUGCUUGUGGGGUAGAAAUCGUAUCGAAGACUGAGUUGAGAGUCCAUCGUAGCCUUGAAGCAACCGUUGACGCCGUUCUUUGUGGUCGUUUUCCUAACGUUGAAGUCCGAAAGAUAAAUUCUACAGAAGAGAAAGAAACUAUACAAAGUGAUACUUUCAUAUCCACUUUCUCCCAGAAUAAGGAUGAAGCUCCAGUUGGUGUAUCUGAUACGUAUUAUGAGAAAAGUGGUCAGGAGCCCAGUGAGAUAUCAUUUGAGGUCCUUCCAACUGCAGGAGAAUCAUCUGAAGAAGAUGAAGGAAAGAUUCCCCUUUAUCUGUUUGUCUAUGGGGUAUUGGAAGCAAGUGUGAUCCAAGGAUUCAAGCAGUUAAGGAUGAAUGAUGUGGCCAUCCAUUUUACUGAUAAUAUCAGUGAAGCAGAUGCCCUUUUUGCCUUGCAGUCAAAGCUUAAAAAGAAUGCUGGGAUUCAAGCUGCUGCAAAAUCUCACGACAUACCCAUUUACGUGAUUAAGACUGGUUCACUAGUGCACAUCACAAGGGCCUUAAGGGCACUAAUUAUUGACCAGGAAGACGAGGGAGAAGAUUUUGAAUCAUUGGGCAGGAUAAGAUCCUCGGAGAAGAUUGAUGCUUUGGAGGAAGCCAGAGUGGCCAUUGAGCAGAUAGUUAUUCCAAGAGAAGAGUCUGUUGAGCUCCUCCCUAGGCCACCCCACAUCCUGUCUCUUCAGAUGGACCUUAUUCGGAAGUAUCAUCUACAGUCGGAGAGGAUCGGCAUGGAGACGAACGCUCGUCUCCGAAUCUUACCCUUGAUUACUAAUGUGGGUGAGAACACGAAAACGCUAGGAAAAGCAAAUCCUACUACCGAUCUCGAUGACUUCGUUGGUUCCAAUGGUGACAUAAAUGGAACUCUCUAUAGUGUGGACAGGUUACCUUUACUUCCUGAAUAGCUUUUAGAUGGCUAAAUUAAGAUUAGCCUGUAUCAUGAUUUCAAAAAAAAAAAAAAAAAAAAAAGGGAUAAGCCUGCAUCAAACAUGUAAAUAAUAGGUUACAACUACAAUUGAACGUGUUAGCAUUAUUCUCAUAACCUUGAUUUUCAUGAUUAAAUUUCUUUUGAUGUUGAA